AUGACAAAAGAUGUAUUCGAUAUUAAUAAGUGGAAAACAGAAUAUCCCUUCUUAGAAAAGGUAUGGGAAUUGUACGAAAAAUUUGAUAAAACUGUGGACACUACAAAAGUUUAUUCCAAAAACUAUGAAAGUGUUUGCAAUAGUAUUGUAAAAAAUCAUGUUGAAGGAAAUGAUAGUCACCAAAAUUUUUGUAAGAAACUUGUGAGGAAUUUAGGGUGUUAUACUUAUGAAAAUGAGGCAUACAAUCCUAGAAAGGAGGAUUGUAUUAUUUUAUACUAUUGGAUAUAUAAUUCAGUAAAAGAGUAUAUUAUUAAUGAAAAUCUUAUUACUCAAGUUUUUUAUGAUAAUUAUAGUAGAUGGUGUACGUACAAAAGAAAAGUUAAUUGUUUUUAUCAUAAUUAUUACGAUAAUUUUGAAGACCCAGUGAACAUGUUAUUCAUGGAUAUUUUCCAUAAUAAUAUAGAUAUUGUAAAACAGGAGUUAGUAAAAUCAAAUGAUCAAAAUUAUAAUGGUGAUUUGCAAAAGUAUAUUUGUAAAGUCAUUCAUAUAUAUAAUAAUAUGAUUGAAAGAUAUUGCCUUAAAGAUCAUGAUAAGGGUGAAAAGAGAAAAAACACAUGCAGCAUGCUAGGUAUAGUUAGGUAUACAUAUGAUUUAUUUCUUAGGGGAGAAUUAUACAAUAAUAAAUUGAUUGUACCAUACAUAGAAGAUAUAAAAGAAGCAUAUUCUGAUACUUGUAUGGAUCCAGAAAGUAACAAAAAUAAAGUUGUUGCAGAACCUAAAAGAAAAAGAAAAAAAAAAUUUUUUAGAGGAUGUCCUUAG